AGCAGGUGAACAAAAUGGCGGCGCGGCGCCGUUGCUAGGCGACGCGCGGGCCGGGACGCGGCGGCGGGCGGGCUCGGCCGUGCCGGGGCGGACCGGUGGGUCCCGGUGCCGGUGCCGGUGCCGCCGCCAUCAUGUGCUGCCGGGCCCGGCGGCUGCUGGGACGGGAGUACCGGGAGCACCGAGCCGCCCGCCUCUUCGGCAUUUUUGCCAGGCCCGUGAACGAUAGCUUCCUGGAGUGGUUAGCUGAAGUCCAGGGCCUCAAGGAUUCGCUCUGGGAAGGGGCUGUUCUUCAGCUGUCACUGACAUACAGUGAAGAGUACAAUGACGUCCCUCCGACUGUUAAGUUCAACACCAUUCCCUUCCAUCCCAACGUGGAUCAGUGCUCUGGGAGGCCGUGUAUAGACUUCCUUGACAACCCUGAGGAGUGGAAAGAAAAGUUAACAAUAACUAACAUUUUACUUGCUAUUCAGGUGAUGCUUUCAAAUCCAGUGACAGAAAAUGCAGUGAAUGCGGAAGCAGCAGAAAUGCUGAAAAACAAUAUGCCUCUGUAUAGGCAAAUGGUUGUGCAGUGUGUUAGGAACAGCCUGCAUCCCAAAGAACUUCCUCAUACUGAGAAAGAUCAUGUUUCUUCUUUGAAGUUUUACCAGCCAGCUGAAGGGUCUUCUCUGGGCUCUGCCAGAGGGAUUAGGAGAAUUUCGUUUGAAGAUUACCACAGGACGUGGUCUAGAAUAGCUACAUCAAAAGCAAGAGAUCAUUUUAAAGACUCAUUUUUUGAGGAGCCAGAAUCCAUAGGGAACUACUGUGGCUGGAAGGCAAAAAAUGAGAAAGGAACAGAAGACUGGGAUAAGGAUACUUGCACUGCUAUCAUCUCUCAGCUCAUCAGAAAGCAAAGGAGACAGGCAGCUGGAGGACUCUCUGACAUGAGCAGAAUUGAUCUAGAAAACUACCAGUUUUGCCAGUCUCCAGAUGUGCCUGACCUCCCAUCAGAAGGGCAAACAGUGGAUGAAGACGGACAUGAUAACCAAGAAGAGCUAUGGGAGAAGGAAGUCGACAGUCUAGUAGCUUGGACUAACACUCUGUCUAACAAAAGAUUAGAGGAUUAAAUCAGAGAAAUUGUAUAUACAGAUAAGCAAGUACUGUAUUAUUUUUUAAACAGUCUAUGAAUUUUUAUACCGUUCCUAUCAGGCAAAUCUUUAGUUGUGACUUGGUCUUUUUGGCGUGGCGCUAUUGGCUUCAGUUAGAGGGUGAGUAGAAAUGGAACAAGAAUCUGUUUUGCCUGUGCAAGCAUGGCUUUUCACCAGUAUUUGUGCCUCCCAAUUGCACUUGGUGGUUUGUUGCUGUGUAAUUGUUUGGAUCUUACUACCUAAAUAGCUUGCUAUUUUUAGGUAUUCUAACCUGUACAGGGCCUAGAGCAAGGUAUAGCAACAGCUGUGAAGCAGCAUCUAGCUUUGACUGCACAGGAGAGAAGAUCUAUUGAGUGAGAAGAUGCUAUUGCUUAUAUCAGACUAUGGUUGUGUUUGGAAUCUAAAUCCAGCAAUGCUAAUUUUUCACUCCAAGCUUAAAUCAGAUCCUGUGUUCUUCCGGGCAGUGAGACAGUGUUCACUUACAUUACUGGAUGUGAAAUGUGUGGAUGUGGCAUUUCUCCUAAAAGAACUGUACAUGUCUCUUAACUCUUCCUGGCUUAUCCAUUGUCGCCAUCACCAAGUAAUUCACACAGCUGUGUUGAGACGUAUAAAAAGGGCGAAUGACACAUAGGUAGACAGGAUAGUUAGGAUUCAUAUGGCUUGGAUCCAGACUCACGUUUCAAGAACUAGCCAGACACUCUCAUUCAUCAAACAAGCGGCAUGCUGUCCUAAAGACUGCAGAAUCACAUUCACAGAAGGUCUUUGAGAUUACAAAAGAAAUACGUUUUUACAGUCUUCAAGUCACUGCCCUUUUAACACAUCUGCACAUUGCCUCAGGAGAGAUGUAAGUGCAUUUUAAUACUUGCACACUGUGUCCUAGGGAAAAAAAAAAAACAUGUUGGACUGAAGCAUAGCAGUGAAAGAGGCAAGUACUUUGGUGUAGGAAUCCAUUAGAAAUGUCUGUUGUGUGAUUAGACUUUAAGAAUAUUUAUUAUCUGAGUAUUUAGAGAUAAAGAAGAUACGAAUGUCAGACCUCUGAAAGCUGUGCUCUAGCUGACACAGUAGACGGGGUAGCUGGAAUGAAGCAAGGCUGCUCCACGGUGUGUUUUAUGUGUGGCCUGGCAGGAUCUUCUACCUGACGGAGUGCUAGCUUGGGCCGUGAGAAACCCACAUGAAAUUGCUUUGUAACAGCAGUUAUCUUACGAUUUGGUGAGUCACAAGCCUCUCCCUGCCUUAGCUUCCCACUUGUAGGAGUAAUCUUUUCCUCAAGUUGGUCCUGAAAGAAUAAAAACAUUGAAAACUGUGAGGCACAUAUGUACUGCAGUGCUUGCAAGAGUCUCUAAAAGAGCCAGGACUGAAGGGUGGGUCAUGUGUCACCUGUCCACAGCUGUGCUGCUAGGACAUGGCCAUGGACAAGUCAUUUCACCUUUCUGAGACUUCCUUCACACUGACCUGUGUUAUCUACGAGGGCAGUAAGUCCUUCCGAACAGGAUUUGUUUCUGUGAUGCACUUAAAUGUUCAUAGCCGGUCUGGUCAUCCUCUGGGAACACUGUACUAUUUGUAAAGCAAAGCAGGACCUCUGGAACUUAUCAAUAAACUCACUUUUCGAAGAAAAUCUUCA